AUGAUUAUUGAUAAUGCUACAUCAUCACCAGUUAUAAUAAAUGAAUAUGAUAAUGUAACAAUGGAAUGUCAAGCUCGAGGUCGACCUAUACCUUAUAUAACAUGGUUUCGUCGAAAUAAAGAUGAAAAUAAUCAAACAAAAUUCGAAAAUCAAAUAUUAACUAAUAAUACAAAUGGUCAACUUCAUUUAAUUAAUGUUACACGUCAUCAUAUUGGUCAUUAUGAAUGUCGAGCAUCAAAUGGUGUCAAUGGACAUGUUGUUAGUAAAGAUAUUGAAUUACGUAUUCUUUGUAAGUAA